CUCCAUAAUUUGGAGCCCCGGAUUCCGGAGGGUGUCUUGUCCAGAAGUUCAAUCUUCUCGUAUUCUUAGCGGCAGACUGUGGGAAAGAUAGACGAGCGAAGCAUAUAGCGGCACUGUUCCAGGCUUCCAUUCUCCCAGCCCCAAUCUCUGAGGACAUCCCGGUUGGACGUUUGCAGAAUGUCAUCUGUUUCUACUCAACCUCAAUUCCGAUACACACAACCCCCAUCUAAGGUUCUCCAUUUACGAAAUUUGCCAUGGGAGUGCACGGAGGAGGAACUGAUUGAAUUGGGGAAACCAUUUGGCAGAGUUGUCAAUACAAAGUGUAAUGUUGGGGCAAAUAGAAACCAAGCGUUUAUAGAAUUUGCAGAACAAAACCAAGCAAUUGCAAUGAUAUCUUAUUAUGCAUCAUCCUCAGAGCCUGCUCAGGUGCGGGGGAAAACCGUGUACCUACAAUAUUCAAACAGGCAAGAGAUAGUGAACAGCAAAACCACAGCAGAUGUUGCUGGAAAUGUACUGCUAGUUACAAUUGAGGGAAAUGAUGCACGUCUUGUCAGCAUUGAUGUUCUGCACUUGGUGUUCUCAGCUUUUGGAUUUGUGCAUAAGAUCACUACAUUUGAAAAGACGGCUGGAUUUCAGGCUCUGGUGCAAUUCACUGAUGCAGAAACUGCUACUUCUGCAAAGGAUGCUCUUGAUGGAAGAAGCAUUCCUAGCUAUUUAAUUCAAGAACUUGGACCAUGUAGUCUCAAAAUCACAUAUUCUGCUCACACAGAUUUGAGCGUAAAAUUUCAGAGUCAUCGUAGCAGGGAUUACACAAAUCCUCUCCUUCCUGUUGCUCCCUCAGCUAUUGAUGCAAGUGGUCAGAUUUGUGUUGGUUUAGAUGGAAAGAAGUUGGAGCCAGAGAGUAAUGUUCUUCUUGCUGCUAUUGAGAACAUGCAAUAUACAGUAACCUUGGAUGUCCUGCACACAGUUUUUUCAGCUUUUGGGUCUGUUUUAAAAAUUGCUAUGUUCGAUAAGAAUGGAGGUCUCCAAGCUUUGAUCCAAUAUCCUGAUAUCAAGACAGCUACUUCUGCAAAGGAAGCAUUGGAAGGACACUGCAUCUAUGAAGGAGGAUUUUGCAAGCUUCAUAUUACGUAUUCUCGGCAUACAGAUCUCAUCAGUAUAAGGGUGAACAAUGAUAGAAGCAGAGAUUAUACCGCCCCAAACAUCAUUCCUCUACUGGGUGUGCCACCCUCUGCAGCUUUGGGACAACAAUCAUCCCCAACGGCGGCUCCCGGUGUUCAUCAUCCCUACAAUGCCACCACCACAACUCAGUAUGCUCCAGGGGUUCAUGCACCACCACCUCAUCCCCACCCUGCUUCUUCGUGGAACUAUCCGGGACACCCACAUAUGCCCUCACACAUGCAAUACAAUAAUCCUCCUCAUGCAAGCGUGUACAACACCCAAAGCAGCAUGGUACCACACUCAGCUGCAAUGCCUCCCAACCAGCAUCGGUAACAAUGCCCGUAUUGAAAGCUCUGCCAGAGAACUGUUUGUUUCAUCUAAUCAGAAUGCUUUUACGAAUCGCGUGUAAACAGAUCAUUGUUUUUCAGUCUCACUGUCUUAUUAUUUGGAAAAAUGAUUUUUUUUCUUCCUUUUUCAAGCUGAUAAUAUGUGCUACUUUUGAGAUGUUAUGCCGGUGUUCAUACUGUUCAGAAAAUGUGCUUAUUCAGAAAUUGUGGUAGUGUUUUGAACUGUUUUU